AUGCAACAACGAGUUUCACCUUCCACUCGCCAAAAUCCCUUUGAUGAGGAGUGGAUUGUGGUUUCAUCAUCGACGGGAACAUCAUCAACAACACAGAAUACAUCAUCACCGGUGCAAGCCUCUUCUUCUAAUAAUACAGAGGAAAAUUCUUCGGGAAAUUCAGCAAGUAAAAAGCCAGCAAUCAACGUUUUUGAUUUAUACUCGGUGAAGUACAUGUUGGACUCUUUCGUAAGAUCGGUAUUGAUUGAAGAAAAAUCCUUUAAAGAGGAUCAUACUUUGAGUAAUUUUAAAUUGAUUACAGGAUUUUUAGCUUGUGGUGGAGCAAUUACAGCAUAUUUUACAAAAACACCACUCUAUGCAUUGUUGUUGUGUAUUGCUUAUGUAUCAGUCAUUUUAAUAUUGGCAUUGAAUAGUUACUUUUUUGAAAAAGGCACAUUUGCUCUUGCUUAUUCUUUGAAUUAUGGCUUUAUUCGUGUUGAGAGCGAUAUUUAUGAUGAAGACGAAGAGGAAGCUGAAAAGAGAAACUGUCCCAAAUAUCAAAUCAUUGUACACUUCCCUUCACCCUCCUCUCUGAGCUCGAAAUACAAGUCAUCAAAUUGCACAGUCUCUCAUUCAUGGUAUCUUAAUGACCUAUUUGAUGAAAAUGGUAAUUUUGAUAAGAAGGAAGUGAGAAGAGCUGUACUUGAUCUUAUUAAAAAGAAAGGUCAAUAA